CGUCACACACAACACACAUCGAUCGAUGUGAUGUGUCUUCUCCAUUUGCGAUUCUGCAACUUCCCUCUCUUUCCUUCUCAUUCGCUUGCAUUGAAUCAAUAUUUAGGGUUUCACAGAGAGAGAGAGAGAGAGAGAGAGAGAGAGAGAGUGUCUGUACAUUGUACAUCUAUUUGUUUGUUAAUUGAAAUUUCAAUCAAUUUGUUUUCAAACUCUUCAGCUUCAAGCUUAAUUCUCUUAUUGUGUAUAUAUAAAGAGAGAAACAGAGAAUUAGGGUUUGAAAUUGGUGAUGUCGCAGAGCAGCAGCACCCAGAGCAGCGGAACCGGACCGGACUUUCAUCUACCCGAUGAGUUAUUGUCGGUGAUUCCCAUUGAUCCCUACGAUCAGCUUGAUCUCGCCAGGAAGAUCACUUCGAUGGCAAUCGCAUCUCGCGUGUCGAAGCUUGAAUCGGAGGUUGGGAGGUUAAGGCAGAAGCUUUAUGAGAAGGAUCAAUUGAUAUUGGAGCUCGAAGAGAAGGGCUCGCACCUCGAACAGGCCUUUCAUGAAGUAGAUAUGCGGUUGAAGAUCGCUCGUGAUGAUAAUAUGAAGCUUUCCAAGGAGAGAGAUUCAUUGGCCAUGACAACGAAGAAACUAGGGCGUGAUUUGGCGAAGUUGGAGACGUUCAAGAGACAAUUGAUGCAGUCACUAAAUGAUGAUAAUUUAUCACAAGCUGAAACUGUUGAUAUUGUGACAUGUGACCAAUUAGUUCCCAAAUCCUAUUCUGUGAAAGAUGAGGAAUUAAAUGGCCACAUGGCUCACCAUUCGCGAAGCAGCUCUAUAGAAAGUGGAUAUACAACUUAUGAUGCCUCACAGCAAGCUGGGCAAAGAUUUUCUAUGACGCCGUAUAUUACACCACGCCUUACUCCUACUGGAACUCCGAAAAUCAUUUCCACGACUGGAUCCCCAACAAGAUAUUCUGCUGCUGGAUCUCCUCAGAAAACUUCUGGUGCUACAUCUCCCACGAAAAGCCAAUAUGAGGGACGAGGUUCACUGUCUUCAUGGUACCCAUCAAGCCAGCAGUCAUCAGCUGCAAACUCCCCUCCUCGUGGACGCUCAGGGCCAGCACGCACUCCACGAAUUGAUGGAAAGGAGUUCUUCCGUCAAGCUAGGAGUCGUCUAUCAUACGAACAAUUUAGCGCGUUUUUGGCAAAUAUAAAGGAAUUAAAUGCUCAAAAGCAAUCCAGAGAGGAAACUUUGAGGAAAGCUGAAGAGAUAUUUGGGACGGAUAACAAAGAUCUUUACUUAUUAUUUCAAGGAUUGCUUAACCGCAACAUACACUAAAUGUUUUGGUGAAAUGGCUUCUGAAGACAAUGCUGACAAUUGGUUUGAUUGGCAAGGGACACUGGAGCUGAUUUGAGGUCAACCUCAUAUCCAGUUGUUUUGUGUGGACCAAGUGGAAUCAACAUACAUAUGAGCUGAUUAUCCUUCAGGGACUAGAGCAUGGUAUUUGCAGGCUUGAUUCUCCCCAUUCCUUGCAUGCAUGCCCGGUACCUAACUGCUUCUUGUUUGUUUUUUUGGGCAUUACCUGCUGUGUUCUAUUAAAAUGUAACAAUUAAUGCUUGCAAGAUAUUCAUGUCAUUGAGUGAAAAAAUUUUGUUCAAUUAAUCUGAUAACAAUCUCUCUCUCUC